GUAGUGGACUAUGAGGAUCUGCUUUUUUGUUGGCCUGUUAGGUCCAAUAAGGCAAUUGACCUCCUUGCAUUUUUAGGAUUAUGGUCUUAUUUCUUAUCACAUAUUGCACAUUCCUAUGAUAUUUAAUUUUUCAUUUUGAAAUGAGGUUGCCUGGAAAGCAAUUUCUUUUGCAUAAAAUAUUUUACCCCUUUGUCAUGUUGAGAGAACACAAAUCUCUUCUCUUUGAAUGGUUAGCUUCUCUGUAAUGGUUGAAGAGUAAAGCAAACAACUUUAAAAAAUUUCCUUGUACUUUAAGCGUUGGCAUAUAGAAAAUGUUGUUCCUUAAUACACUUUAAAGCCAAGCCAUAUAGCCCACAAAACCCUUCAUUUACAAAUCUAAUCUGGUCAUAUAAAUUGUUACCCAAUGUUUUAUGUGUUUAUUCAAAUCAUUCAGUCUUGAAACAGCCAGAGCAGACAAAAUCAUGGAUAAAAUAUUCAUAAUUUUCUUUCUUGGUUUGCUGUCAGUGGUUUAUACAGUUGCAGGAAACAUGGUAUAUAACAAUAUUGGCAUGCUUGAGGAACUUGAAGGCUUUGAAAUAGAUGAAGAAAGCGAGGUGGAACUUUUUUAUACCCCUUCCUGGACAAGUGAACGUGGAAGCAAGGUACUUGUGAAUGUCGAUAGCUUUGGUGCAAUUGGAGAUGGAAUUUCUGAUGAUACCCAGGCCUUUGUCAAAGCUUGGCAGAUGGCCUGUGCUACACCAAAAUCAGUUCUUUUGGUUCCUCCAGGUCGCCGCUACUUAGUUAAUGCAACAAAAUUUAAGGGGCCUUGUGAGGAUAGGUUGGUCAUCCAGAUAGAUGGAACUAUAGUAGCACCUGAUGAACCUAUGAACUGGGAUCCUAAACUUCCACGUCUGUGGCUUGAUUUCUCUAGACUGAAUGGAGUUCUUUUCCAAGGGAAUGGAGUUAUUGAUGGGUCAGGCAGCAAAUGGUGGGAGUCAUCUUGUAAAAAGAAUAAGUCUAAUCCUUGCAGAGGAGCACCAACUGCAGUAACUAUUGAUUCAAGCUCAUCUGUAAAGGUAAGAGGCUUGACUAUCCAAAAUAGCCAACAGAUGCAUUUUGUGAUUUCCCGGUGUGCAUCAGUGCGAGUAUCUGAAGUACUAGUUUCAGCUCCAGAAGAUAGCCCUAAUACUGAUGGAAUUCAUAUUACUGAAUCAACCAAUGUUGUUCUUCAAGAUUGCAAAAUUGGAACAGGUGAUGAUUGCAUCUCAAUUGUCAAUGGUAGCUCUGGCAUCAAGAUGAAGAGAAUUUAUUGUGGACCAGGACAUGGAGUCAGUAUUGGAAGCCUUGGGAAGGACAACUCCACUGGCAUAGUAACAAAAGUGGUCUUGGAUACAGCAUUCCUCAAGGAGGCAACCAAUGGUCUCAGGAUCAAGACUUGGCAGGGAGGCAAUGGUUAUGUUCGUGGAAUUCGGUUUGAAAAUGUAAGGAUGGAAGAUGUUGCAAAUCCCAUCAUUAUUGAUCAAUUCUACUGUGAUUCUCCAAAAGCCUGCCAAAACCAGACAUCUGCUGUAAAAAUAAGUGAGAUCAUGUACCGGAACAUUACUGGCACCACAAAGAGUGCAAAGGCCAUGAAAUUUGCCUGCAGUGAUACAGUCCCUUGUAGCAACAUAGUCCUCAGUAACAUCAACUUGGAGAAGAAAGACGGCACAGUGGAGACUUACUGCAACGCUGCUCAAGGAUUUGGAUAUGGUAUUAUUCAUCCAUCAGCCGACUGCCUAACUUCCCAAGACAAAGGCUAUUUUGGUGUUGGCCUCACAAGUAUUGCUGAAGACAAUGUUACUGAUCGGACUGACAUUGCAGAGCUUGCAGAAUCAAGCGGUGACGCUAUUGUUCACACUGAACUCUGACACGGCUACUUUCAGAAAUUAAAACAACCACAUUAUAGUAAUUAAUAUAGCAAUAUACUAAAUUGGGCAAGUGGAAUGUAGUUGUAGAAAUUUCUUGGAGGAGGAUACACUGUUCAUGUCGAAUUUUAUGGGAAUUUUAAGGAGGAUAUUUAGCUAUACAUACAAAUUGCUCUCAAAAUUAUACUUGUAGAAAUCAAUAAUGCAAUUGAUAUUGAAGGGAAAAUAUAAAGUAAAUGAGAUUUAUACUAUUUUGUUCAUUAAA